AGUGGGGGUGGAGAGAGAGAGAGAGAGAGAGAGAAGAAAAAUCUCUUUAGUUCUUUGCUUCGUCCUCUCUCAGAUCCGAAGCUCGAAACCCUAGCGAGCUCGAACUCGAUCCAGAUCGAAGAAAUUCAAACGAUUCCGAGCUCUCACUCGCUUCUACUCGCCUGAAACCGACCUUUCUUGUUCUCCAAUGGCGUCUCAGGAGCAAGCUGCGGCCGGAUCUCCCCCAUCCCCUCAACUCGUGGGAAACGCGUUCGUCCAGCAGUAUUACACUAUCCUUCACCAGUCGCCGGCGGUGGUGUACAGGUUCUAUCAGGAGAGCAGCAAGCUCACCCGGCCCGGGCCGCAGGGAGUUAUGAGCUCGGUCACCACUCUGCAAGCAAUAAAUGACAAGAUAAUGUCAAUGGACUUUGGCGGAUUUAUGGCUGAGAUAAAGACUGUGGAUUCACAAGAUUCGGUCAAUGGUGGAGUGCUUGUCCUUGUGACUGGCUACCUUACCGGAAAGGACAACGUAAGGAGGAACUUCACCCAGUCGUUUUUCCUCGCCACCCAGGACAAGGGCUACUUUGUUCUGAAUGACAUUUUUAGAUAUGUGGAAGAAGCUGAUCAAGAACAGGGGAACGAACAGGGGAACCAAGCGUUGGCAAAUGGGAUCACUGCUUCUCAUUCGUUAGAACAGGAGACUCCUCAAUCAUCAGACGAACAGGUUCCGGAACAAUCUGUGUCACCACCAGAAGAAGAGAAUGUGAUUGAAGAAGUGUACAAUCCUUCGGAGGAUGAGGGUUCUAUUGUGGAGGAGGAAGCACCUGAUGGUGAGGUCAUAGAUGAAAUUCCGAACAGUUUCCAAGCAACUGCUGUAGACUCCGCUGCUACUACCAUUCAAGAAGAUGCACCAAAGAAAUCAUAUGCUUCAAUUUUGAAAGUCAUGAAAGAGAAUGUUGCCCCUUCAUCAGUUCCAGUACCUGCUCCUGCUAGGGCUGUGCCUUCUGAACCAGAAAGGCAGGCGGCCCCUGCUCCUACUGAAGCUUCUGUCCCUGAGACUCCUCCUGUCAGUUCAGAUGCUCCAGAAACUACCAGUGUCCAAGAAUCUGAAGCUGACGGUCAUUCAAUAUACAUAAAAGGACUACCACUUAAUGCGACAGCCAUGCAACUUGAAGAGGAGUUCAAGAGGUUUGGACCAAUUAAGCCCAGUGGCAUACAAGUUAGGAGCCAUAAGCAACAAGGGUUCUGUUUUGGUUUCAUAGAGUUCGAGACUAUUACUUCUGUUCAGAGUGCAAUAGAGGCUUCACCUGUAAUGAUUGGUGGCCGUCAAGCCAUCAUUGAAGAAAAGCGGCCUACUGGUUCACGAGUCAGGGGCAGAGGAAGAUUCUCUGGAAGAAUGGGCGGAUUCCGGAGCGAAGGAUCAGGAGGCCGUGGUAACUUUGGUGGUGGCGGUAGAGGCUACGGAAGAGGGGAUUUCGGUAGCAAGGGGGUGUUUGGCGGCAGGAUCAGGGCGUGGAGACGGUGGUGA